AUGAUAUCGACCCUGGACGUGAUACAGGAAUCGUUCGAAGACGUGCCCUUGGAGUACGCCCCAACCCCGCCAAACCACUUUUACGGCCUCAACAGACAGAACUCGAUGCGAAAUCACUUCAGCAGUGCUAACAACGUUGCCGGCCACGCUUCCGCUUCGGCGUUGAGCUUGAACUCCAACAACAGCAACAGCACAGUCAACAUGAACCUCAACGGAGGCAGAAACGCCAGAGCAAACUAUUCGGCGUCCUCCCUGAACAACUCCUCACGGGAGCUGUUGCUGACGCCCUCUCAGAAGCUGAAGAUCAUCAAAAAACAGAGGGUCCAGAUGAGCCAGGACCAGUUGUCCACCAACUGCCCUGAAGCGCUGAACGCCAUCGACUUUCUUUCCGACGACGAGUUGCCAGAUGACCUGAUAGUCUACGACGUCCCCUCACUAUAUUCUCUCCAAUCGCUCUCCCACAACAAACCUCGAACCAGAAGACCGUCCGUUCGACGCAACAACAGCAUUUCCUCGCAUUCUGACAAUAACAUUACCAACACGCAUAAUAUAAACCAGCAGAUUGAAAACACCACGCCCAGUAGCAAUUCUAAUUCCAACGUCAACACAACUUCUUCAAGUUACGAUUCAAAUAAUACCAAUAACCUCACCGCUGCCACUAAAUACCAUUACCAGCCUCCCCACUCGCAUUUUGUGACGUCGUCUUGCUCUUCCUCAGCAAGUUCUGCCACUUCCUCUCCAGCAACAAGAGCCUCCUCAAUCUUUUCUUGUGCCUCCGACAUCUCUGAGUUUUCUUGUGCCGACGACGAAUACUUAAACCCUCUCUCCGCAGAUGCGAGACUGCUACUCGAGAAUAAAGACUAUAAACUGGAAGAAGCUUUGCAGAGAAUGUCAAUGUUGAGGAACAUGUCUCAUCUGUGCACAAAGAAUAGUCUUACAGCUAACAACACUGGCAACAGGAAUUCGGACCCAAAUGUUUCUCUUGCUUCUACCUUGAGUGUGAAAUCAGAGCCUCGAAGUCAAUAUCUGUCAAGCACAAGACCUGUGAAUCUUCCUCCAAAGACCAAGUAUGAAGUCUCAAAACAUGAAAAAGAUUACCAAAAUAUUUUGGAGGCUGAAAUAUACAACGAAAAGGAAAAGUUGAGAGAUUAUCAGGUCAAGAAAAAGCUUUUGAUUGCCCAAGCAGCAAAAGACGAGAAACUUUGGUCCAAAGUUAUCAAUAACUAUGAUGUGCUUAUCAAAUUACCUCAAACAAGAGAACUUUGGUGGAGGAACUUACCUGACAAGUAUAGAGGUAAUAUCUGGAAAAAGCAGUUGAUAAGUAAGAAGAAUGUUGUCUUUGGAAACUCAGUAUUGAAAAAAGCGUUGAGUGACGCUUCAUCAACUCUCAAUCAAGCAUGCAACUUCAAAUCCACCAAGGAUGAAUUAGCGAAGAGGCAAAAAGGGAAAGUUAACCCCGAUCUUUUGGAAGAUGUACGAUUUAUUGAGGAGUGUGCAGACAAACUACAGUACUCUUUUCCCGAAAUGAAGUAUUUCCAAUACGGAGAGAAUUUCGACGCAGUUUUACAAAUUCUGAUUGCAAUUAGAGCCUUGAAAAAUGAAAACAAGAAUUUAGAAUCUAUUGACAUUAUGAAAACAAUCAACUUGGUGUGCAUUUUAACCUACGUUUUUGAUGACCAUUUGACUACUCUUAGCUGUUUUAUCUCACUGCUAUCAAAGAAAUUGCCCAACUUUAUGCUAUGCUCAGACGAAAUUCAAAUUCCUUCGGACUUACUCAAAGAUUUGGAAAUCCAAAAAUCAAAAACCCAGUCUACUUACUUUGGAGACAUCAAGGAUCAAUUUGAUAAAUAUUUGUUACAACUAACUCCCCGUCUAUACAACCACUUCAUCCAAAGAGAUAUCAACAGCUUAAAGAUUAUUCAAGGUCUAGCUUGUUCUAUAUUUUCGAACCAGUUACCUUUUGAUGUCGUGCUGAGAGUAAUGGACAUAUAUUUCUUCGAAGGUGAUAUUCUCCUGUUGCGUGCAUCAUUGGCUUUACUCAAAAAAAUAUCGUUUAAACUUUAUGGGAGUAAAGAGGAGGUUUACAAUCUCUUGAAGGUCGACGGAUUGAUCAAUUCGAGCUACUUGGAAGUUGGAGAAGUAGAUGAAUUCAUCAAGGAUAUCCGGGAUGUUUUGAAGAAAAAUUGA